AUGUUUAUGCCUUUUUUUUUUUUUUAUGGCCUCACCACCUUUUGUGAGAAAAAUAACUCAUGGUACCCUGUUGAUGACGCUUGUAACAAAAGGCAAUGUCACCCUAACGUUCCUAAUGGUGAACUAUAUGAACAAUAUGAACCACAGACGGGCUUUCAACUUGAUAAAGACGUUCACUUUUAUUGCAGCUAUGGGCUUUUGUGUGAAGCACCUGGGAAAAUAGACAACGGAAAACACACGAAUAGCUGGAGGUUUGUGUUUGAAUUUAAUGAAGUAGUGAGUUAUACUUGUGACCCUUCAGGUGGACCUCAGGAGUAUUCAUUUGUUGGAGAGAGCAAGCUUACUUGUUCUGGGCCUGGCAAAUGGAAUAGUGACCCUCCUCCAUGUAACGUGGUACAGUGUGAACCGCCAGUACUCAAAUAUGGAAAACCAUUGUCAGAAAUGAAAGAAAAAAUUUUCUACAAAGAUGAGGUUGCAUUUGAAUGCCUGAAGGGUUUCUACUUUUAUGGCAGCAAACCUCCAGUUUCAAGAUAUCCAGGAUAUCCCAUGCCUCUUGAAUCACCACCAACUGAAGAGAUUUUCUAA